AAUGAUGUUUUCUUUGAAGGUAUACGACAUCCCGAGGAACUAUCCAUUAUGAGGUACCUGGACAAAGAUGACCUAAAGAAGAGUAUAAAAGAAAAUUUAAACCAAAAGAAAAAGAAAGACUCGAAGGAUGAAUUGGUAAUGGGUGUGAAUGGAAACGGUACUGUGCAUCACUCAUCGUCCGGCAGUCUGGAUAGGCUGAGUCCUUUCAGCAGGAGUCCAGCAGGACCCUCUCCUAACAAUACAUUAAGUAGGACACCAGGUUUGACCCCAGGACCUACAAUGACCCCUGGAGUCAGCUCCUAUAGUGCAAAUUCUGUGUCGCCCUAUAAUACGUUCAACAGCACCUUCAACGCCAACGGGACAAUGUCACCAGGGUCCAUGUACAGUCUGUCUUUUGAAAGCUGUAUGGAGAAUGCUCUCGCCAACAGUCCGCCAGUGUCCAUCAGAGACGCUCAACCCUACCUCUACAAGCCAAAGAAUUAUGUAGAGAAAGCUAGAAUUAAUUACUCGUAAGUAAAAGUUUCACUCUAGCA